CGGCAGCGGGCGUUGACGGUUACAGCCCUGGGCGGGGCGGCCGGCCAAACCUGGCGAACCGGUUCUCGGUGGGGGAACGGCCGCAGUCGCUCCGGCGAUCCACCAUCCAGAGGGCUAGCACCUGGGCGAUGAAUUUCAGGAAGUGAAACAGCCGCUUGUUGAAGAUCGGUGGGAGUAGUUUGGGAGAAAAUGGCGGGGAGCAAGCUUCUGAGUUGGAUGGUCCUCGCGCUUUGCCAGACAGCAUGCCUUGCAUUGUCGGUGACUGUACCAGAGACCCAACGCGUGACAACACUCUUUUCUUCCAUUGCUCUACGGUGUGAUUAUUCCACAUCCUCACAACCUCAGGAUGUAGUAGUCACCUGGCGUUUCAAAACAUUUUGCAAAGACCCCAUAUUUGAAUACUAUUCCUCAUCGUACAUUGCUAUGUUGAGUAUGGGCCAAGAUCCAACCAAUGAUUGCCAAGAUGAUCAGCGACAGGUGCGAAUUGUAAUUCAGAAACGGGGCCAGAAUGAGCCCAUACUGGGGAACGAAUAUAGACAGAGGAAGAUCACCAUUCAGAACAGAGCUGACCUGUGGAUCAGUGAGGUGAUGUGGUGGGACCACGGUGUUUAUUUCUGUACUGUUGAGGCACCAGGUGAUACGACAGGGGACUCUGACAAAGAAGUUCGACUUAUAGUUUUACAUUGGCUGACGGUGAUAUUUAUUGUCAUGGGUUUUUUACUAUUAUUCAUAUUGAUAAGUAUCUGUUGGUGUCAGUGCUGUCCACAACGAUGCUGUUGCUAUGUUCGAUGUAUUUGCUGCCCAAAACGUUGCUGUUGCCCAGAGAAAGCUCUUGCAAGGCAUGAAUUUAUCAAACAGGCAAAGCGGGGACUAAUACCUUGGAUGUACAAUAGGCCUAUGUAUAGUGAGGAAGAAAGGAAUUCACAUUUAAACUCGUUCUACAUGAAUGGGCCAUCACGAGACUUUUCCACAAAGAACAGUAUACCUCUGACGAUGGUUCCUUACAGCGCCCAUCCACACUCUUCUGUUAAGAUGCUGGACUACAUAGAGAAUGAAGUGAAAAACCUGAACACCGUACAACCUCUACAAAAUGGAAUCCGCACAAGUGGUAGCCCACCUCCCAGUGUGCUUUCAUCUCUCAAUGAAAUUGGAGUUAGAGAGGUAGAUCGCCGUGUUAUCCAUCUGCCCCCAAUACUGGAGACAAUCCGUGAAACAAGCCUUCCCUCAUCGCAACAAACCAGCAACUCAUCCCGAAGGAAUUAUCAAAGAAGGACGAGAAGCCAUGAGGACAUUUUGGAAUCGGAGUUUCGUGGAAAUCAAAGGAAUCAGGGAGGAUCAAGGUCAAGUCGAAGCUCACAAGACAGAAGGUCGAACCGAUAUCCAGGGAACAGGAGAGGUGAUUAUGAAGAUGGACGACAGUUUCUUCCAAGAGAACGCAGUCACAGAGAUUAUAGUGAUGAUGAUUCAGAUUAUGAUAGAUCAAGGCACAGCAGUUCGAAUCAGAGGAAUGGCAGAAGAGGUUAUGAGGAGGAUAGGCGAUCAUAUCGGAGAAGCAAUAGAGACUACUCACCUGAACGAAGGCAUAGACGCAGAGACCGAAGUUACUCCCCUCCACCUCGUGGAAGGCGUCGAGGAUCCUGGAGUUCCCUGGAUGAUUACGAAAGCCGCUCUCAACAAAACCGAGUUCGGCAAGAUGAUCGAAUGGCUGAUUGGCUGGAAACUCUGAAAAAGCCAUUUAAAUAUCAUGAAAAGCCACCAAGCUAUCAUUCAGUAGAUGGGGCAUCACAAGAAAGUAGUACACGCAGAUCAAAUAAUGGACAUCUCUCAGGACGUGGCAGUUCUCGUAGUGGGAGAAGUAUUGUGAUAUGAUGAAGAUUUCCACAAUUGAUAUGUUGGUUAUGUUGAAGUAUAUAGAUGGUGACCUCUGUUAUCUUUUCAUCAUGGCUUUUACAGAACAUAAGAAAAGCUCCAAAAUGAAUAUUCAAGCUGUGCUUGAGAUCUAUAACUUUGCAACAUGAACUGUUCAUUAUGAUUGUCUUUGGAAUAGAGAAAAUACAAUUGGACGUUGGUGGAUAACUUUGUCGUUUUUUUUUAAUGUUAUGUACACCUAAUGGGGAAUUGACAGCUAUCUCUUCUAUACCUGGGUUUUCAUCUCGUCCAGACAGUAAGUGGUUUCCUGUUUGAGGAAAUAUUCAUUGAGACUACCUGUUAUUCUGCAGCUUUAAAAUCUAUCAAAAAUCUCAUCGCGUAAUGAUUGUAAAUUGGCAACGGCAAAAAAAGUUAGAUGUAUUAUAAACAAUUAUAUUGAUGCCUUUUUCAAUUCCAAGAUAGCUAAUUGUUUCAAAUUAGUAUGUAGUUAUUUUAAUCAUUCAUAUUUUGAUAUUGUUUAAUAUAAUUAAUCUAUACAUUGAAAUAAAUUAAAAUUAUUCUUCUCUUGCAUUCCUUUAUCUGUGCAGCAAUUCAUAAAACAAGACAGCUGAAGGCAAUUGUGUGUGGAGGGCUCAGAUGCAGGAAAUGCUCAGAAAUGACUACAGAACAGUCAGGACAGGAAAUCAACACUUUAGUGUAUAACGUGUUUCAAAAGGAAAGUUGGUUUGACUGUAGAAAUAGAUUGGAGAAAAAAAAAUGUGGGUCUGAGCACAGGAAAAUAAAAUGGGCAACAUUAUCAGCAAAACAAACAUGCAGAUCAUUUACAGGAAACAUUUGGUAUCCAGUGGAGCACUUGAAGGAGAUCCUGCUGACGGGAGAGUGUAUUACAUAACGAGUGACCCCACAGCUGAGUAAAGAACUAAGGGAAUAUGAAGCACACAAAGUGAGUACAUGGACAGCACAAGUCCUUGUGCACAAAUCAUUGAAAGUUGGCUUUCAUUACAGGCAAUCCCCAGGUUACAAACGAGUUCCGUUCCUGAGUCCGUCUUUAAAUUGGAUUUGUACGUAAGUCAGAAUAGGUACACCCGGUAUUAUUUAGUGUCAGUUAGUCAAAUGUUUGUCUUCGUAUAUAGUAUAUAUUUUACCUUUCUAUGCAUAUAAAACACUUAAGAAACGUAUGUAUUUCAAUAAUUAAACCACUGCAUUGCUUAGCAAUAAUUGUAGCUUUCAUCAGGGCGGGGCCUUUCACAUGCUCCAUUAUUCUCACUUUAUCCUUUAAAAUUGUUCCGAUUGUUGACCGACUGUAGCCUGAAGCUUUUCCAGUGACUGAUGGCGUUUCACCUCUUUCCGAUCACUAUUAUUUUCAUUUUAUUUUCAAUCACGAUCGUUUUCCGUCAACGGAACAGAAACACUGUGGAUUCAGUAGCAGCCGCGGGCAGCGGGUCCUGUGCUCCUCCGGGUCCUAAAGUCCACCCACACUGAGACAGGUUAAAUGGGACAAUUGGGGGGGCGGUAUUGACUGGAAAACGGGGGAGGGGGAGUGAGGGUGAAUCUUGCCGAGAAAAAUUUAAGCCAAAUAGAGUUACACACUCAACACAGUGUUAACCGCAACGGUUUAAAAUGGCAGACGGUAUUCUCCUUCCUCUGUUUGUAACUCAGACGUUCAUAACUCAGGGACUGCCUGUACUAACAUUUGUGCAUGUUACACAGGGCAAUGAUCAGACAACUCCUAGUGUAUUGUGUAAAGUUUUGAUCUCUUGAUCCCAAAGGCUGAUGCUUCUAGAAAAACUACAAUGAAUAUACGCUGAAUUGGUUUCUAGGAAGGCAGAUUUGGUACAAGUUUGAGUAGCCUAGGCCUCUGUAUUCUAGAGUUAAGAUUAAAAGUUAACCCCUGAAAUAUUAAAAAAACUUGGCCUGACAGUGAAGGCUAUUUCCUCAAGACAGUCCAGCUCAGGAGUACCAGUGUCAAAAUAGGCUAUUUAGGACUAAAAUGAGGGAGGUAAAUCUUUGGAAUUUAGUGUUAAAGUGUUAUGGAAGAACAAUAGCACAUUCCAGUAUUGAGUCAAAAUUAGUGUAAACAGUUUGAAAAGGUUUAAUUUGUUUAUCUCCCCCAUAAUUUGAAAAUAUGAAAAACAACACAUCUCCUUGAAUGUAAAGGCAGGAUGCCAAAAUGAAGGAAAACAGAUACAUAACAUACAUCUAGGAAUCAGUUCCAAACUUAGGUCAAAGUUUUCCAUUACAGAUCAUGCAUGUUGCAAGCAUUUGGGUUACAGAAAUUCACCCUCAAAAUUCUGUAACCCAAAUCAUUACCCAAAAAUUUGAGAUGCAGAAUAAAAUUCACACAGAAUUUGUGCAAAAACAACACAAAUGAAUCAUUAUCUUCCCAAUUACCACUCCUUGACAGCUUAAUCUUACAGGGGGGGAAAAAAUCACAAUAGACAAUCCCCACCCCCACCAAAUAAUGUGCACCUCUUGCAAAAUGCAGGGUAUAAACUCAUAUUCCAAACUGUUAGCCAUUUCAACAUGACAAGCUGCUGGAGAGAGUCAAAUUGAUUAUAGGGACUGGGGAGGGGUUGGAAAGGACAGCAACACGCAAACAACUAUAGGCUUGUAGAUUCAAACAUUUACUUAAUCAAAAAUAGGCACUUUGAUAUUUUACAAAUACAAAUUUUCAUGCAAUAUUAAUAUAGAUCUUGUUUUCAUUUUUACAACCAAAGAAUUUGUUCUAAUUUAAGAACAUGUUUAAGUCAGAAACCUUAAUUAUCUUUAUGCAAGGCAAUUGAUAGGAAAAUCAGAUAAUGAGCAAUCAAAGCAAAAUGCUGUAACAGAUCAACAGAUUAGAUAUCUGUGUCAAACUGAAAUAAGAAUCAAUGCUUAUGACUGAUUA